CGCCCGGUAAAGGGCGUGUUCUGUUCGCUUGGUAAUUCCGACUAAACGAACUAGAACGAACGCAUCCCGCCGGUGCUCCUCCCGGUGGAACUCUGUGCGGUUUCCCGUGGGAAAUGACUUGAACGAUCAACCACUUGCAUCGAUGCUAUCAUCAUGAGGCAAGGUCAUUUGCUGGACCUCUCAAUCAGAUAACCAAUCCUUCAACCAUUCGGUUAUGGCGACUCGGGGGUAACGUCAUGUCCGAGGCCGGACCUAUGAAGGCGACGGAGUUGCUGAAAGGGGACUAGCGCCGGUGAAUUAGGCCGGGUUUGUCAUCGCUCAUUUUAUCAUAUUAAUCAAUCAGUUAAGUUCCAUCAAUCUUUCUUCAAUCAUCCAUCACUACCUCGGCCAUCGAACCUUCAUCACCCACAACCACUGGCCUUUCCACAUAACUAUCUGAUUCGCUUUUUACCACUCCGAGCAAUUGGUUUUACAUAUUCAGAAAUGUUCAGACGCCUAGUAACUGUCGCUCCCCGGGUUGGCACCGUCGUGUCGCCUCGCAUUACCCCGGCCCUUUCCGGCAUUCAGAGCCAGCCUAUUCUCCGGGCCCCUGCGACGAAGAGAGGAUACCACGAGAAAGUGUUAGAUCACUAUAACAACCCGCGUAAUGUUGGCAGUUUCAACAAGAACGAUGCCGACGUUGCCACUGGUCUUGUUGGCGCCCCCGCUUGUGGUGAUGUCAUGAAGCUCCAGAUUCGUGUUGACAAGGAUACGAAUGUGAUUAGCGAUGUCAGGUUCAAGACUUUUGGCUGUGGCAGCGCUAUCGCUAGUUCGAGUUACCUGACAGAGUUGGUGCGCGGUAUGACUCUCGAGGAGGCCGGAAAGAUUAAGAAUACUGAAAUUGCUCGUGAACUUUUCUUGCCCCCCGUGAAGUUGCACUGCUCGAUGCUUGCUGAGGAUGCCAUCAAGUCGGCGAUCUCCAACUACUAUACCAAGAACCCUAAGGCUCGUACAACCGACCUUGGAGGUACCGGUGCCUCUAUCCCUAACGUCAAGGUCGAGAUUGAGAAGUCCGAGGGUGCCGCUGCUACUGCUUAACGAAUUAACAAGCACAACAACCAAAUCACAAAAAAAGAAAAAUCGAAACCAACAAAAAAUUCGAGUUGAUACCAGAUGAGAUUCCCUGAACAGUUUUACGGUUUAUUAGCGGGAGGUUGAAAAUACCUUUUAGAAUGGAAUAGCGUGCUUGGACAGUUCGUUUCAUUCCGGCAACAGACUGCAUUGGGUACAGUCUUACUGCAAGGUUGCUAUUUUCUUCUUCACAAAUGAUUUCCUUUUUCUUUUUUUUUCCCUUUUCCGUGAUAACGCAGGAAGGCAUUGUGAUAUAGUCCACUUGAUGUGUCAAAUAGUCUAAUGAAAAGCACUUGCGUGCAGUGAG